ACAGUCCAACUGCGCCCUCCAGUGGACAGAGCCAGCCUGGUCCCGGUGCUGCCGAACCAUCCAUGCUCGGUGUUUACUUUGUGGAUGUAAACUUCUCACAUCAAGAUGCUUCCAGAAACGAACGUGUUUGGAUUCCUUUUGAUCCGCGGUUGUUUUCCCGCGUUUCCUCUAAAUUACUGAAGAAACCCCGAGAGCCAGUGCGUCUGAGGGAGGAGGGGGAGGAGAUCGAACAUCUGAAGACACUUUUCCGCUUUCAAGGUCACCUGUUAUUUAUCACGUUGGUGCAACAACCACGUGCAGGGCCCCAUCAGCAUGGGCAACUUCACCACCAAGGACAACCAUGGACCCCUAGGGCCCCAUUCGGACACGUUCCACACUCCACCUACUUCUCCACAGAGCGACGUGGUUGCCGUCAUUCCCAGUGUUCCUCCAUUCCCACCUUCCAGUGCUGUCCCAGCUCCAUCCCCAUGUCCCGCACUAGCCAUCCCUAACAGUGUGAAGAAACCCCAACAGAGGUCUCCCAGCACUCCUAUCGCCCCUCCAGACUGGAGUCCACCUCCACCAGUGACACCCGUUUUCUCGCCAGCUGGUUCUGGUGAGACCCCCACGUUCAAAAAGCCAGCUAAUGCCGUGGCAGGCCGAGGGGAAGCUCCUUCUUGGAGGAACGUGGGUCCUCCAGCCUCUCCAGGGAAGACCUCAGCCUCCCAAGUAAAGAGUGUGGUUGUCACUCCUAUAAAGAGUCCUUCGCCACCUUCCAGAAACUCUUUGGAGCAGAGUUUGAAGGAAGAAGUUCUUCGUUUGUCUCCGCUGCCAGGUAGUGAAGACAAAGAGCAUCAAAGUGAGGAACUGGUGGAGCUUUUGGAGGAGUGUAGGGCCAUACUGGGUGUUUCUGCCAGUCAGGACAGGAUCACCAACACGUCAGAAAUUCUGAAGCAUCUCCUGACUGAAGUAAAGAGUUUGAAGACCACGUUGCAGACGGAGCGUGGGGAGUGGCUGCAGUUCCAGGCUGACCUCCAGGUGGCGGUAUCAGUGGCAGACCGCCUGAGGGCUGAGGCAGAGGAGGAGCUUGCGGCGCUUAGAAAGGCCAACAAAGAUGUUGAGCGGGAACUGGCGUCUGCCCAUCAGACGACAAAAGAGGCUGAAAUGCAGCUGGUCAGCCUGCAGGGGGAGCUGCAGGACACCAGACAAAGACUGGCUGCUCUUGCUGAGGCCCAGGAACCAGAGAAGCCCAACGGGGAGUCCAAAAAGUCUGGCAGAGGGAGGGGACUGGAAAGUAAAAAUCUGAAUGAAGGGAUGAAACAUGCUAACGAGGACGCAAGGACAGACUGUAAAGGUGUGACUCAGCGAUACCUGAGAAAUCUGAGCAGUGAGGACAGAAAUGGAGCUGAUGAAACACGGAGGACGGUGUCUACAGAGAGGUCAAGAAGCCUGUCCAGAUUACCCGCCUCCUCAGAGUCCCUCACCGUGCAGAACGGAACGUCCCAGUCCAGCUCAACUCUGGGUCCUACACAUAAGAAUUCCAGACCGCUUAAAGGACGGAGAAGUCUGGAUUGGCAAGACAGCAGGUCAUUCAGUGAUGCAGGUAAACGUGAAGAGUCUUUAAACAAGUACAACUCAGCGCUGAGUCAGAUGCCACCCACCAAGUCCCAGGAUGGUUUUAGUCUGCUGCUGCGUCGCCAUGGAGGCUCCAAGAGAAACUCGCUGCUCCGCUGGUGUCAGAACCGAACGCAAGGCUACGAGAGCAUUGACAUCACCAACUUCAGCAGCAGCUGGGCGGACGGCCUUGCCUUCUGUGCCGUCUACCACACCUACCUCCCCUCUCACAUCCAGUAUAGCGCCCUUAACCCAGAGAACAAGAAGGAGAAUCUCAGUCUGGCGUUUAAAACAGGACAGGCUGUAGGGAUUUCACCCUCUCUGACAGUAGAUGAGAUGCUGAGAGUGGGUGGACCUGACUGGCAGAGGGUCCUGAGCUACGUGGAGAGCAUCUACCGGCACUUUGAAAUGUGACCGCAGGAGUAGAAACAGAGGGACCCUUCUCAGAAAAAGACACCAUUUUCUGUAAUCAGUGCUGCCUGUUGAUGGCAAGGCACAUGAUGAAGUAUUAUCAAAGAAAUCAAAAUAAACGUUUAAAGCAUUCUUGAAUUAGACCCUGAGACAGAUUCUGGUCAUUUUCAGUUUGAUUCUGACUGAAAGGGAGACUAGGCAGUUCUGGCUUGCUUCUAGCACCCCCUAGUGUCCAUUUAGUAAACCCAAAAGUGAAAAUUAUCUCCUCACUGCGUGUUUGUCUUUUUAACACCUUAAUCUAACAGCUGAAAUGUCUCCUCAGCUUUCCUUAGUUUCUACCGGAGCAAUUCACCGCUAAAUCAAACAAAUCAGCUGUGUUUAUGAUCUAAAAGGAAAGUGCUGGAAGCAGACCGUAGCGCUGCCGUGCCAGCUCCACCAUUACUCAGUCCCAACCGGCACUCUGAAGUUGCAAGUGUGGUAUUCUGGCCACAGAGGGCGGUGGGGGGGCCGAGUGACAUUCCAUUAAUCCUGUAAAGGGUCAUUUUAGCACAUGGCACAAGAAAAAGAUUUAAAAAUAUAUAUUGAAAAGUCACACACUAUCCCUUUUAAGGUGAAUGUGCUGAGAGCAGGACAGAUGCUUUUAACCUCAGACCCUUAAUAUUAACAGUUUUGAUGAUGACGUUGAGCUGCUUUAAAUGUCUCAGCACUGGUACUUCACUCUACUGUACAAUGUUAGAAUCUAUAUGCAGUUUUUUACUGUUUUGUCUUCAUGUGAAUAAUCCUGUACUUCUACACCUUUCAACCCUAAAUGUGCACAUUUACGGUCUAACUUUGAACUGUGCAUUUUAAAUGUUGCAGAACGUCAGUAUUUUUUCAAGCUUUGCAGAACAUUUGAAAAGCCUUAAAACAACAGUAACGGUAGCGGUGUGUGUUUGUAAAAGUGCCUUCAUGUUAUGAUUUGUGUACGGACAGCUACGAGCAUGCACAAGCUUACAAAUCCAGCGUCAACCUCCUGCCUGCACACUCACUGAUGCACAGCUAGUGUUGUUAAAAAAAUGUUAAAAUCUGUUUGUGUUGCCAAAAUUUGUUCUGAUGCUCUUCUUUGUGAAAAAGACGCUGUUGAUAUGUAACAAGAAUAAGAAUAUGAAGCCAAAGCAAUAAACUAUUGUGUUUUUGUGA